AUGGUUAGCGGGUUCAAGCAACCCCGUAGUCAGGCGGAAACUCUUCAGAGGACGGAUUUGGAGUAUCGUCAACCCAACAACACGGUUCCGCCAUUCCCCUUGUCGUCCCCUCAGCAAGAGACUCUUACGACGUUCAAACCCGUCAAUGGCAGCAUCACAUUGGCACCAAAUGAUACCUUCUUUUCACCCAAUCCUUUCGCUUCCUGCAUUUCCGAUGAUGACACCGGAUCUUCCAGUGGACAGGAUGAAUUUCAUCUGGAGAGAUACAGUCAAGAAACAGCCCGGAAUGAGCAAUCUUCACGACCAAGUCGCAGGCAAUCCGGUCGACGGAAGCGGGCGCAGCGGCCGAUCCGAUCCCGACCUGACAAGAAAUGUCGACCGGGGCUGAACAUUGUCACAGACUUCUCGGCGCAGGCAAAAAGGGCUCAGACCGACGGACUUAUCAUUGAGCAAGUCCAAUCUCAGAGGCCUCGACUUGGCCCGAGAUACGCCACAUCUAUCAUGUCGGCUAAAGCUGAGCAUGUAAGCCACUCUGUGUCCGAAUCUCCUGCAGACCACGAGCUGGAUCGAUCCCCUAGUCAGAGGGCAGAGUACUUAAAGAGGAUCAUUGCUCGACAAGCUGUUUCGAAGUUGCAAGAAUCACAAGCAGCCAGAAAGGCAAGGGAGGUGCCAAGGGCGACGCAAAUAAUGGACGCAGGCGGGCAAGAUCGCGCUCUUGCCAAGGAGGACGAGAUCCGAGGAUCCGCCAACACCAUGACUGAUUUCUCCCCAGGCGCUCGAUCAAUCGUUAUAGGUAUGAGUGUCCCUGAGCAUGAGUUAGCUGCCCACCGAUCUGCCGACGUAGCAAGCAAUGCCUGUUCUGCCAAGACGCCCGAGACACCUGCAAUUGUUGUCACUCCAGCCGAGGAAACAGAUUUAUGGAAACCAUCUUUCUUUGGUAGAACACGGACAGUACCGAGCACGUAUUCUCCACACACACGGAGUGAGAUACAGAUUCGGCACGUUGAUUUGCCCCCGGUGCCAAAAAUCCCUUUCAGGCAUGAGCAACACGAUACAUCAGGUCAAACAACGGCAGGGGCAAACAUUAUUCGAUCCACUCAGGGACCUAGCCCAAAGAAUGUGGGUAAUUAUGACAGCGAGGACGAACAAGGCCGUCAGUCCUUGGAGGAGGUGUCGAGAUUGUCAUCUGACAGCAAAGAACGGAUACUCCCAUCAGACAUUGAAAACAGACGGCACAAAUCACAGGGUUGGUGGAACCUUAUGCUCUCGCCCAUCCUUUCGAGGAAAGGGACAAUAGUGGAGAAAGUCACCAACAAUAGUCUGGAGACACCUCCAGUUCCUUGGGUACCAGCUGAUGUACGACUUUCCAAGAGUGAUAUCAUUUCUCCACUCACCUCCGAAUCUCCAGAAACACCUCGGCGGCUUGGACUGGCAAGUGCGAGGGCAAGCAUUUGGUCUAGAUGGACAACAUGGGAAAGAGAAAGGGACGGCAACACGCAAUCCCAUCCAGCCAAUGCAAGCCCUCCUGAUAUUGACCCAACUCCAGCACUGCCUGCCGUCGACUUCACCAAAGGACUUGCAGCAGAAUAUUAUCAUGCAUGUGCUAUCGAACAGUUGAGCGGUGUUCCCUAUUUCGAGUGCCAAAACCAUUCCUGCGCCGAGAAGUUGCCAAAACUACUGUCUGUCUUCGACAAAGAAAUCGUCGUCAAGCCCUUAGAGGAUGUUCACGCCCCCAGGCAGGCAGAGGAUAAUACUGAGGAUGACGCUCGUGCUCCCAGCAAUGAAAAGCGGGAGUUAUGGCGUGGCGUCUCCAUCCGUUUGGAGCCUGAAGAAUUGUCACCAAAUGUCAGAAAAGCAGAAACGGCAGCGGUCGUCAAGGCAAGGUCCGUAGAGAGUCCAGAGCUCACGCAAGCAGAAAAGUCACAGCAGGGACCAGAUCCUCCAAUGACACACGCGGUUGAAAGCUCAGGGGCACGAGACCCCUUAGUCCCGGACGUGGAACUGCCCAGUCGUGAAGCUCGGCAUCCCAAUAUUGCUUCUGUUGCGGAUCAGCCGCCAGUCUUGUCACCGGGACCUGUCUCUCCAGCGAUGCAACACACAAUGGCAUCUCAGGGCGCCGUUCCCAUGACGCAGAUUGACUAUCCACAAAGUCACUUGCGUUUGCUGGAGCAAACAAUGCCAUCGGAUCAACAGCAAGCGAUGGCGCCAACGCAGCCACUGCCAAUCACAAUACAUAACCACACUUUUUACAGCGAUAGAUUCGCAAACGGAAAUAGCACUAUUGGAGAGGCGAGAAGAGAGGCCAUGGAACGACUCGAGUCUACCGCCUCCGUCCAAGCAGUCGGCCAAAAGCAGGAGUUGCCAAGAUCAGAACCGUCAGAAGCCAAAGAGCCUGAAGCUGCGAAAAAUCCAGAAGCCACAAAAAAUGAAGGUCUAACAUCAAAACUGAAAGGACUUCUUCGUCGAAGGAAGGAAAUUGACAAGGAUGAUGCCGACAAGAAGAAGACGCGCCGUUGGACAGUUAUCAUUGGCAUUAUCUUAUGCUUUGUGGUUCUAGCGUCUGUUCUCUUCGCCACCCUCCUCACAAGAACAGGCGACGGCACUCCCGUGCAGAGCCAGUGGCUGAAUCUUACUGGCUACCCUCCAAUUCCCACGGGCAUAUCUACCAUUGCCAGACCAGAUGUCGUCAAGCAGCAGUCGCAAUGCGUAGGACCCAACACGAUGUGGAGCUGUGCUUUGUCCAAGGAGGAGCAGUUCGAAGUCGCCCCAAACUCCCCAGACCAGCCGAAUUUUCGAUUCGAGAUUACAUUUCGAAACGGCACUGUGCCAGCAAACAUGACGGUCCCCCUACACGAGCUUCGGAGGAGGUCCGUAGCGGAUCUUCAGACGCGUGCAGAUGACCCAUUUACAAACGAUCUCUUUAAUCCAAACCCGACACCACCAAGUCGGGCGGACCAAAUAUUUAUGGGUAACACAACCGACAAUAUCACUCAGCCGUUUGAGGGAGAACAGACUCCUUUCUAUAUCACAUUCAUCCCAGUGUUUCCUAUUGACCCUGCAAAUGCCACUGCCACGACAUCCAGCUCGACGAGCUCGAGACUUCGGAGGCGUCAGUCGUCGAAUUCGUCAGAUAUCAUCCCAGCUCCCGACGUCCUCAGCGAUGGAAGCGCAGCGCCUGCCAAUCUCCUCCCCAGUGAUCCAUAUCCAUCCUCACAACCCAUCAAGCUGUACAACAGAGGUCAAGCGGACGAACACUUCGGCUUUUACAUCUACUACGACAAGGCGAUUUUCCUACAUUCGACGGCGGCUUUGAAUACCUCGGAACUCGCAGAUAACGGUGGGAUUGACCCCGAGGACGAGAACGGAGGAUCCACUCGCGACCAGUCUCGAUUGCGAUGCACAUUCAGCCAGACGAGAUUCCUGGUCCGGAUGUGGACGAACCCAGCCUUUGGCGGGACGCUGCUGGCUUCGGUGCCCAAUGUGACCAACAAGACCAACUCAGGGAGCAGCAAUUCGGCGACCGAUUUCAGCCGACCAGGCUCGUUCCUUUAUCCGACGACAAUCAGCAUCGACCGACACGGCGGCAAUAUUAACAAGAAAGCGGUGUAUUGCUACGGAGUCGAUCAACUACAGGUUAUCCAGUCCGAUGUCAAGACGAUUGUGCCUGAGUCUAGAAGUGUUGGAGGGACGUUGAUUAAUGCGGCGCCCAGCCUCGUGAACGGCACCGUUGGCGACGACACUGGAUUCAAUCAGGAGGCGGGCGGGAUCGAUGGGGGGACGGGUGGGUGUGAGUGUGUUUGGCAGAACUGGAACUAA